UGUCAUAUGACGUUUUGACGUCACUGUUGCUAAGGGAUAUUUUAACAUUUAUAACGCCGAUUAGAUACUCCAAGUUCCGCCACAAUAUGGGAUAUUGCAAAGACUUCUGAAUACUUUCUCCACAAAUAAAAUCUGGCCAGGAAAGCAUGUAAGACGAGAGUGACGAGAAACAGAUCCCUCUCGAGACUAUGAUCCUCAGCGUUAAAACAUGCGAUCAUUUAUGCGCAGGGGGUUCCCCGCCGUUUUGAAGUUAUAUCGAAGAGGAAGGCGAAGGAUUGAAGAAUAUCCUUAGAAGAACGUCUUAUUUAAGGACUCAUGGAUAAAAAAGAACGGAAUUACUGCUGCCUUGUUCUACUCCUUAACAGAGUAGGGCUGGUAAAGCUACGUCACUUUUUCAUUUAUCAGUGGGAUUCUUGCAGUGGUUGUCUUCCAUGGACUGACAGCUCUCAAAAUGGUGCUGACUUGUUGAUAAAGUACACUCCACUUCAUUAUGAAAGAGACAAAGUCAAGUCAGGUGACACAACAACAUGGGAUUUGUCUCUCUUUGUCAAAACUCUAUUGUACUCCAAACCUCCACUUGUACCGAGUUACGAAACAGCUUUAGUUGAUGGCUUGAAAUAUUUGAAAGAUACAAGAAACUUACUCGGUCACACACAAAAUGGAAAGAUUGAAUCAUUACAAUUUCAAGAUCUUUUCAAGGAUGCAUGUAAUGCAUUGAAGUUACUUGGUGCUUCAAAAAACGAUUUCACACAAGUUGAAAAUGAUGUGCAACGGCCAUGGAAUGAAGUGCUAUCAAUGGUAAAAAAGUGUACAUCACAAGAUGCAGACAUUUUGCAAGGAAUUGAUACAUUGAAUAGCAGUCUUGAUGUCAUAAAGACAAAAUUGUAUAAUGUACAUCACAGUCAGGAGCAGUCGCAAAUAAGACAAGUGGAAAUGCAAGAAAGAGUUGUAGGUCUAGAGAAAGGACUGGUAGAGCUACAGUGGGAUCAGUGGCAGGGGCAAGAGAAUAUAAAGCAAGAAAUAAAAGAACUAAAGCAACUCAGUCAGAAGCAACUGGAUAUCUUAAAUUGCCAAUUAAUUCAAAUACAAAACCAGGAAUCCUCAGACAUGUCACGCCAAAAGCAAAAGAAGAUAAAGAAAGAUCUGUCAUUUAUUACAAGAGCAAAAGAUAAGCUGAAGCAGAGAAUUAAAAGACCAGCUGCCUCAGAUGUCCCAGAACUAGAAUCUGAUCCUGAUUUCAAUUGUCUUUGGAUUCCAGAUAUCAAUGCCCAACCUGUACCAGUCCUAGAAGAGACUUGGCCAAGUGGAUGCCUGUUGAAAGAUGUACCUUACAACCUACAGGAACAAAUUAUAAUUGCCAUCUCAAACGUAAAUCCACCACUCCAAGUGGGCUGGAGAGAGAUUGGUCAGGAACUGGGACUUGACAGCCACGAACUGGAUGGGGUUGGAAGCUUCGCGAGCCAUUUAAGAGGCUCACAAUUGCUUAAGGUGUUGGGAACUCGAAAGCCAACUCUCACUUUAACUGACUUUCUUAAAGCUGUCUUCAAGGUUAAACCACUCCAAAGGGGCUGGAGAGAGAUUGGUAACGAACUGGGACUUGACAUCGAACUGGGACUUGACAUAACUUGGCUUUAUGUAAUUACAGUAUUAUCCAAAUAACUCUCAAACUUUACUAUACUAAUUUUAAUAUGCUCUUUCUUGUCCUGGUAUCUAUUUUUUCAUUGCCUCAAACAGUAUCGGGAAUGCUGGGCAAUGCAUUGUUUUUUUUUAAGUAAUCUUGCUGUGUUAUA